ACCUGGUUGAGCGCACACAUUACAGUGUGAAGGACCCAGGUUCCAGCCCCUGGUCCCCACCUACAGGGGGAAAGCUUCAUGAGUGGUGUGUUGGGACUUGAGGUUCUCUCUGUGCACCUGUGUGAAGGAGUUCUUGGGGAACCUACUUGUGGAAUUUCUGCGUGGAAAGCUUCCAGUCAGUCGGUGAUUGUAACAAAGCUGCCAGAGUCACAGAGGAAACAGGAACCUUGGCACUGGGUAGCGAGUACCUAGAAGUCUGGCAGGGGUCCUGCUGGUAGCACACAGUGUGGGAGAGGAACUGCUUCCCAUGGCUUCUGAAGACGCGACUGUUACAGUUCGCCUCAUUCGUUCAUUUGUGCAUCACAAUUUCAAACCUAUAGUCUACCAUGGAGUUGAUUUGGACCAAACUGUAAAGGAUUUUAUAGUAUUUUUAAAGCAAGAUAUCCCUGUAAGGACCAGCCUGCCACCACCAUUCAGAAAUUAUAAAUAUGAUAAACUAAAGAUUAUUCAUCAAGCACAUAAAUCAAAGACAAAUGAACUUGUAUUGAGUUUGGAGGACGAUGACACACUCAUGUUAAGAGAAGACAGCACCCUGAAAGCAGCUGGAAUUGCCAAUGAAACUGAAAUUGCAUUCUUCUGUGAAGAAGAUUAUAAGAACUACAAAGCUAAUCCCAUUUCAUCCUGGUAAAACCUCACGGGAGCUUCCUUUUUGCAUACCUAUAUUAAGCUCUUUAUUCUACUAGUGAGUAUUUUUAAAUUGACAAAUAAAUUUGAAAAGUUAACCCCAAA